AUGGUAUCGCUUUGCACCAAUUUUCUGUUGAUACACCUGUUCACUUUGUACCAAGAGCAAUUUCCGAUGACGUGGCUUCCUUUUGAAGGCACUGAAAAAAGAGCCUUCGAAUUUCCUAUAAUAGAGCCGGAGAGUUCUAGCUCGUCCGCCUCAUCUUCUGUCUUGACCAGUAAUGAUGGAGGUGGAGGUGUAGAUGGAAGUGCGGAAGACAUAAAAGGCUCAAUAUGUAUCGGGAACUCAGACAGAGACCCUCAAGAAAGCGAAGUAUUAGGAAGAUACAAGGAGAUACAGCUGCAAUCGAGGCGGAGUAUCACUGGGCUAGAAAGAUCCUACAAAUAUAGUGGCUGUCUGACAGCACUCUCACUCGGCGGGAUCGCCGAGCUCCUGAUCUCGAAAUUUAUCAGCCAUGGACUUGCUCCACUCGCUGGGACAGGGUAUCGGGGACAGGGAGCGCUUUCGGGGAUGGUAUUCAACAUCUAUCUUCAGCUAGCUUACGGCAGAACCCCUAAUAUUCCUCUGAAGGAAAGUUACGAAAGAGCAAAGAAAUUGGUUUGUGACACAGUCCUUGCGGAAGACUUUGUCUUCGUUAACAGAACUCGAGAGAGUUGUAAAACCAAGUAUGAAUCAAAACAGGCAAGCAAAGUUUACGAGUGGCUCGGAAUCUUCUCUUCCAAUUUCUUUGUUAUGGGGGACGAUGAGGUUCUUAUCCAUGUCGAUUAUGAUCCACUGACUUUUGAAAGCGUGCUCGCGCAUGGCUGA